AUGUACUUCUGUGGGAAAACUGAUGGAAAAACAUUCACAUUUUCUAAUAUCAUAGUCGUGGCUGUGACAGGGCAUCCUCAGGUAAACAUAUCAGUGCUCCAAACUCCAGUACGGGGGUCAGUUUCUCCAGGAGAGUCGGUCACUCUGCAGUGCACGGUCCUCUCUGAGAUCAGAGCAGCAGAUCUCCGAGUGCUCUGGUUCAGAGCUGCUGCAGGACAAUCCUUUCCUGAAAUCAUUUACACUCAUCAGAACAGCAGCAGCCGUCAGUGUGAGAUCAGCUCUUCUACAAGCUGCUCUCUGUAUGAGUUCUCUAAGAACAUCCUCGACCAGCACCAUACUGGAACUUACUACUGCGCUGUGGCUGCUUGUGGGAAGAUCAUUGUUGGUAAUGGAGCAUCAGUCCACUUAACGAGUCCCACUGUGUUCUAUCUGGGAGCAGCUUUGGGAAUCUGUGUGAUGGUGAUCUGCAUUCAAGCCAUUCAAAUCUGCAGGGGGAGAGAUCAUGAUUCGGUGGUGGAGAACAAAGCCAGUCAGAACUCUGCAGCUGUGGGGCUGAAUUAUGCAGCCAAAAGCCUGAGAAUGAAGAGUGGACGCUCUGGACACAGUGUUUACUCUGAAGUCAGAUACUUCUCAGUUACUGACCCCAACAAUCACUGACUCACUGGACUCUCUUCUCUUGUAGCAGCAGAAGUGAAGUGUGGGGAUGUUUUCUGUUACUGUCAGCUUUGUAAUCUGUAUCUGUUUAUUUGUGUUUGUGCUGAUUUCAGUCAGGAUCUACAAUCAUGUGCUUCACUUUACUCUGUGCUCAAAACUGCAUGACUGAAAAAACACAGU